GACCGCUGACGUGUUCUCCAAUUGGGAGGGAACACUCCUGUAUGAUUGUUAUCUAAGUCAUGUCUCCAAAAUGGUGGCAGAGUAAGACACUGUAGUUGGAGCUGUUCUGCUCGCCAGUUCCUUUUCUUUUUUUCCUCCUCUUUGCAGUGCAGAGCGAGCACCGGCCGGGUCCCGGAUCGACGGCAGCAGAGCGAGCACAGGCUGAGUCCCAAAAGUAAUGGCAGCAGAGUGCGUGGGCCAAGCCUCGAACCACGAUCACAGCAAGUGCCAACCAGGUCCUGAAGUGGCAGCAGAGGAAGUAAUGGACAGAAGCCAGAGCAUGGAGGCCUUUUGUUCUGAAGCCGGAGGGCACAGACUCAUGUUGGAAAAGGAAAAAUUCAAGUACAGAGAAUUUCUCAAAGCAGAGCAUGAAUAACACCAGCACCCAGAGAAACAGCUCAUGUGAGAACGAUGACAUCUUCAAAACUGACAUCUACCUUCCAACAUAUACUAUCGUGUUUAUUUUUGGAUUUAUUGAAAAUGUCUUCUGUUUAUACAUAUUCCUGAAGUUGUACAAGAGGAAGACUGCAAUCAGCAUCGUCACAGUGAACCUGGCAAUAUCGGAUCUGCUCUUUGUCUGCACUUUGCCCUGGCGGGUUCACUAUUAUUUGAAUGGUAGCAAGUGGAACCUCUCAGAUUUUUUAUGCGCAUUCAUGUCAUAUGCUCUAUACCUCAACAUGUACUGUAGCAUCUAUUUUCUGACUCUCAUGAGCAUAUUGCGCUACUUUGCUAUAGUGCAUCCACUGAAAGCUUUAAUGUUUAGAAGUGUUAAAUCUGUUCAAAUCAUAUGUGUUACAAUAUGGGUAUUUGUGAGUAUCACAGCAAGUCCUUUCCUAGUACGUGGCAGUUACGUCAAUGAAAAUAACGAAACAAAAUGCUUUUACCUCAAAGAUGGGGUUGACUGUAUAGUAUUUACAAUGAAUUUACUUGCCCUGGUUGUGGGUUGUAUUAUUCCCUUUUUUAUUAUCAUAAUCUGUUACACAUUAGUUGUUAAAGCCUUGCUAGUCUCUAAAUCAAAACAUCACAAAAAAAUGAGCUCCCUCAGAAAAGCUAUUGCCAUGAUUAUUAUUGUAAUAGUUAUAUUUCUAACCAGUUUUCUGCCCUAUCACAUUCUCCGAACUGCCCACAUUGCCAUCAGCUUGAACAUGGGACAUACUUCCCAAGCCAGUUGUUUUGUUCAGAAAUGUGUUGUCGUUACACUGUGUGGUGCAGCAAUCAAUUCCUGUUUAGAUCCUCUUUUGUAUUACUUUGCAGCAGAGACCUUCAGGGACAAGAUAAGAACAACAAUCAAUAAUGCAUUCAGAUGCGUGAUGCAUAAUAGCUGAAUCUAUACUGCUAUUCAUUUGCAUGCCUAAUUAGAGUCAUAGAGUUGUAGGGCAGGGAAAUAGGCCCUUGCGUCCAACGCAUCCUUGCUGAGCAGAAAUCCUAAAUGAGUCCAGUCCCAGUGCCUGCACGUGGCCCACAUCCCUCUAAUCCAUUCCUAUUCUUAUACACCCUGUUUGGAAAAAGUUGCCCACAGGGUUCCCUUUAAAUCUUUCCCCUCUCACCUUAAACCUAUGCUCUCUUGUUUUGGACUCCCCCACCUUAGGAAAAAGAC